AUGGGAAAUAAUGUAUUUUCAGUGCCGAUUUACUUUAUUGUGCUUCGGGAGACGCUAGAGGCGUCUAUCAUUGUGUCUGUACUCAUGUCGUUCAUUUCGCAAACGCUGACCAACGCUGAGGGAAAAGUGUCAGACCCAAAGCUAAAGCGUAGAUUCACGAUUCAAGUUUGGGUUGGGUCAUUUAUCGCCUUAUUUAUUUGUCUAGCUAUCGGUGGUGGGUUUAUUGGUGCCUUUUACGCACUAGGAAAAGACCUUUGGGGAAGUUCGGAGGAAAUCUGGGAAGGUGUAUUUUCACUCGUUGCUGUCAUUUUGAUUACAGUGAUGGGAUUUGCAAUGCUUCGUGUUUCCCAUCUUCAAGACAAAUGGAGAAAAAAGCUCAUGCGCAGUAUCGCGAAUCGAAAGGCCCGUGGUAUUGGUAGUUGGAGCAAAAAGUAUGCUAUGUUUUUGCUUCCUUUCUUUACAGUCCUACGUGAAGGUCUUGAGGUCGUCGUUUUCGUCGGCGGUGUCGGAUUGGAAACACCGGCCACUGCGUUUCCCCUGCCUGUUGUCUGUGGUCUCAUCACCGGUUGCUUGAUUGGUUAUUUCAUUUUUAAGGGUGGUAACGUUUUGAACCUGCAGUGGUUCUUGAUUGCUUCUACUUGUAUUCUGUAUUUGAUUUCGGCUGGUCUCAUGGCUAAGGCUGUCUUUUACUUUGAGGUCGAUAAAUAUAGUCGUGCUACCGGAGGCGACUCGGCUGAAUUGGGCGAUGGGCCUGGUUCCUAUCCUUUCCAGCAAGCAAUUUGGCACGUCAACUAUGGUAAUCCCGAAACGAACUCCAAUGGUGGAUACAUGAUUUUCAAUGCCAUCUUGGGUUGGAUAAACACCGGUACGUAUGGUACCAUUCUUAGCUAUAUCAUUUACUGGCUAGCUGUUACUACUUGCAUGAUGGUUAUGUGGUGGAGAGAACGUCGUUCCGCUCAACGCGCUCACAAAUGCGCUCGUGAUGCUGGUUCAAAGGGCGACAAGGAACAGGAUCUCGAGGCAGCGAAAUCUUCUAAUUCUACACCUAGUAUAUCAUCGAAAAGCCCUUCCUUUGAAAUUCAAGAAAAGGAAGCUACCAAAGAAGCAGAAGAGGAAAUCAAGCAACCCGAUGUUAUUACGCAAGUCCGUCAAACUGCUUAA